UUAUACCUUAAAGGACAAAAAUCAGGUCCGAAAUUACAAUUUUCUGUAUGAAAGUCUUUUCAGAGUGCGAGAAAUAACGAAGAUCUGCUUUCUGAUACAAUUUUCAUCUCGCAAUAUGGAUCUAAAUCCGCCUGCAGGGGAGAAUUACGCCAACCCAAAGAUAUGUUUCUUCCAUGUAUUCUUCAAGGGUGCAGCUUUGGCAUUUUACAUACUUUCAGCCAUCUUUUUUGAUAGUUUCGUUAUCAUUUUCGUGGUCACUGUUCUUCUUGCUGCUCUUGAUUUUUGGGUUGUCAAGAAUGUGAGUGGGCGUAUCUUAGUUGGUUUGAGGUGGUGGAAUGAAAUAAAUGAUGAUGGCGAGAGCGUGUGGAAAUUUGAAUGCCUUGAUCAAGAGUCAUUGGCUCGAAUGAACAAGAAGGAUUCCUGGUUAUUCUGGUGGACCAUUUACCUUACAGCAGUUGCAUGGAUUGUGCUUGGAAUAUUCUCUCUCAUAAGGUUUCAGGCUGAUUAUCUCCUCGUUGUAGGAGUUUGUUUGACCCUCAGCAUCGCAAAUAUUGUUGGAUUUACUAAAUGCCGCAAAGAUGCUAAGAAACAGAUUCAAGCAUUUGCCUCCCAGACCAUUGCAAAUCGGUUCUCAUCGACAUUACAGUCUGCAUUUAGCGUUGUCUGAGUUCAUACAUGAAGAAGGGAAAGGGAACAAAAGAACCGCGGACAAGAAACUUAGAAUUGCUAUUGGCAUUUACCAAAUCACUGUGUUGGAUAAUAUUAAAUUUGGUUCUUCUUAAACUACUAUGAAGGUGUAACAGGGCCGAUUGGAUAUUUUGUAUGACUUUUGGGAAUUUUGAGAUGUUUUGUAUAGAAUGAAUAUGAGAGGAUCUAGAAAAUUCUUGAAUUUUUGGAAUUCAAUUAGCCUAUGCUUUUCUUCUUGUUUA